UCGCAACGUGACGCUCCCAAAAUUGCGGUACUUUGUUAAUCUAGUGACUUUACACAUCUAGGACACCUUUCGUCCUCUAGUUUCUUUCAUAGUAAGCUUGUGUGUUCGAGAAGAAAAUUCGGAGAAUUGUAGGUGCUAAAAAAAACCAUCAUGCUGAGGUCACGUCUCAUCAAUUUGCCAAAAACUGUUAAGCGUAAUAUUAGUACUAAUAUCCCAGCAUUGCAGAAAGCAACUGAUCCCAUACAACAGCUGUUUCUCGACAAACUUAGGGAGUAUAAGUCGAAAAGCACAGGUGGAAAAUUAGUUGACGCUGGUCCAGAAAUACUAAAAGAACACCAGUCCGAAAUAGAUAAACUGAAUGUGCAAUAUGGUGGUGACAAAGGAGUAGACAUGACACAAUUUCCUCAGUUUAAAUUUGUUGAUCCAGCUGUGGAUGUUGGUGGUGUUGAUAAAAAGUAAAUAUGUUAAUAUGUAUUAGAAUAUUUGUGUAUAUCGAUAGCCAAACCACUAAACAUUCAUUACAAAAUCAUUAAGUAAUUGAUUACAAAAAAAUAAAUAUACUA